AUGGUAUGCAGGCAGCUAUCAGUUUUGUUCGAUCGGACAUAUCAUGGCAGUGGGUUUAAGAAACGGCCUUUACCUGGGAUCAAAAGGCUAAUUCCAGUCCGCGCCUGCAUCGCAUGGCCCUCGCAUGGCCCUGUACUCUUUUUCUGGCUGGUGGUAUAUGACAUACUGACGUUACAUAGUUCCAGAAUUUCUUUUUUCUUCCUGCGCUUCACCCAAAACUUGACUAAGUUCGACUGUUUAUAUGUGCGGAAGUUUCGAUUACUUCCGUUUUUCCGCUAUCUCCGAGAAAGCAAAGUACGUGUUGUGCUGAUGAGCAAGGGCAAAUUCAAGGUAUGA